AUGAACUCUGAUCCCAUACCCUUUCCCAGAGAAUACGCGAUACCUGAGGAUUUUCAUCAGAACAUUAGAACCAGAUUCCUAAACUUCUUUCGUUAUACUGUGGGGGAUAAAGCAAGGAACAGCCUAAUUAUGUUAAUGGGAGCAGUCAAAAUGAACAAGCAUGAUGAAGAUUAAUAAUAUAGAGUGGAACAGGAGAGUAAUUUCCAUUAUCUGUUUGGAGUGGACUUUCUCAAUUGUUACGGAAUAAUAGAUGUAGACAAUGGGAAAUCAAUUGUAUUUGUCCCCUAAUAUGACUCCAAUUAUAAGAUGUGGAAUGUUGUUUUGAACAAUGACGAAAUUAAAUAAAAAUUUAAAUUAGAUGAAGUGCUAUAUAAUGAUGACAUAGAAUCUUGGUUGAGUAAUCGAAAACCAUCAUUAAUUUAUUAUUUUUAUGGAAUUGAUGAUUAUUCUCAUCACUCCCUACCAAUACCUGACUAACCAUUCUUACAAAAUUAUAACUCCGAUUAUGAUGAGUUAUACUAUAUCCUUACAGAAAGUAGAGUCAGAAAGACACCUUAAGAAUAAGAUAUCAUGAGAUUUAUCUGUAAAAUUAGCAGUGAAGCUCAUGAAUUGGUUAUUAAGAACAUAAGAAAAGGCAACAAAGAAUAUUAAAUGGAGGCUCUUUAUUAAUAUCAUACAUUUAUAAAUCAUGGUUGUCGUUUUACUCCUUAUGAAUGUAUCUGUGCAUCUGGUACAAAUGGUUCUGUGUUGCAUUAUGAAGAAAAUUCAAAAACUAUUCAGGAAAAAGAACUAAUAUUAAAUGAUAUGGGAGGCAAGUUCUAUGGAUAUUGCAGUGACAUUACAGUGACCUUCCCUAGUGAUGGAAAAUUCACAUAAAAAUAAGCUAUUAUUUACAAUGCUGUUCUUGAUACUCAAAGACAAGUGCAUAACUCCUUAAAAGUAGGAGUCAAUUGGGGAGACAUGUAAUUAUUGGCUGAAAGAACCAUCACCAAACAUCUGUUUAAUGCAGGAUUAAUCAAGGGAUCGAUGGAAGAUCUUAUUAAAAAUAGUAUUUGUAGAUUAUUCUUCACACAUGGCUUAGGUCAUAUGUUGGGGUUAAGAACUCAUGAUGUCGGAGGAUAUAAUAAAGGUACUCCUCCAAGAUUACCAGAAUUAUCUUAAUUAUAGUUUCGUAGAGAUUUGGAUGUAGGAAUGGUAUUCACUAAUGAACCUGGAAUUUAUUUCAUUGAUUUCAUCUUACAAGGUGCUUAUAAAGACCCAAAUAAGAUGAAAUAUUUGAAUAAAGAAAGAAUUGAGGAAUUCAUGCAUGUUGGAGGUGUGAGACUAGAAGAUGAUAUAUUAUUGACAGCUAAUGGUCCAGAGAUUCUUAAUGACGUACCAAGAACAAUAAAAUAAGUGGAGGCAUGUUGGAGAGGUGAAGAUUGGAGAAAAAUUAAUGAUUGAAUAAUAAUUCUAUAUUAAAUACAUUGUAAUUUAUUACA